AUGAGCGACCAUCAUCUAAAACCGCAGGAAAACCGAUUCAGCAAUGCCUCUCAAAACGAAAAGCUUCAACGCCAUCCGAGUCCUGGUCUUCAACCCAAGGUGGCUCCUGCGAGUGUCGCGGAGACGGCAACUUCUUUCGCGGACCACCAAGCGCCUUGGAUGAAAUCGCGCUCAUGGCGUUCGGGAGAGGCAUUUCGACACCCUUUACCCAAAGACGGAGAUCCAUGGAGCAAAUGCAACCAGAUGGUUCAGGAUUACGACGAAGCCCGGUGCAUGCGUUGGAAGGACGAGGUUCAGAACCUCUUGAUUUUCGCUGGUCUUUUCUCUGCAGUCGUAACCGCGUUUGCUGUGGAGACCCAGAGACUGCUUCAAGAAGACCCCGACACUACAACUGCCCUUCUGCUGGUCCAGAUUGCGACGCAGCUCAGUCAGAAUGUAUCUUCAACGCCAAUCCCUACGACCCUCGCUCCAUUUUCUGUGACAGCCCAAGCGAUACGUGUCAACAUCUUCAUCUUCAUCAGCCUCGUUCUUUCCCUUACCACAGUGCUUUUUGGCAUCCUCGCCCUCCAAUGGCUCCGAGAAUUUCAAAGGAAGGAAAACCUCUCGCACACAGAAUCUUUGGUGAUUCGCCAUCUCCGAUUCGAAGGCCUGAUCGCCUGGAAGGUCCCCCAAAUCGUCUACCUGCUGCCCGUCCUCCUUCAAGGAGCCCUGGUCCUCUUUUUCAUAGGGUUGAUCGACUUCCUGACGUCCAUCCACGCAGGUCUCGCUAUCGCAGUGAGUAUCGUGGCCGGCAUCACACUCAUCCUCCUCGGUCUUGGCACCGUCCUUCCUGCCCUUCAAACUUUCUUCUACCUGAUCGUCCUUAACGAGGAGCCCGGUGUUCCAUGCCCGUACAAGUCCCCUCAAGCAUGGGUAGUUUUCAGGUUGCUGUUCGAAGUGGCCAGCUUCAUCUUCAAAAAAGCGUACCGAGUUCACUGGGCAUUCGUCGUUGCCUCUUCCAGAAUCGAGACGGUUGCGCAGGCCAGGGGUUGGUCUGACUACGACAAAUUGUGGAAGCUGCACAAGAACGUCGACAUCGACUCACCUCUUACCUGGGCCGCCAGCACAUUCACGCAAAAUUUCGAGUCCGUCUGCGCCAUUUACCAUUGCUUCCGUGACAUCGAUGUCCGAAAGGCGUGGAGGGCAUACUGGCGCCUCAUGGGUCAAGAAGUGGUGAUGUCGGGAACAGAACCUGAUCAGAAAGAUAGUGAGGUUCUCCGCGACCUCGUUUCUGAAGCCCUCAUCCAGCAUUUCUCGAACGAAACUGAGAUGCGUCACUCGCAUCCUAUGGUCCUCCAUCACCUCGAGCUGUACAACAGGAUCAUGACGUCGAUGAGCCGACUCCCUGAUGAUCAUGAAGGUUUCUCGUGGUAUUCUCAAUCACAUACACCGACCUGCCCAAACAUCUCAUGGACGGAGUUCGGAUUCAGCAGCAGCCCCGACCUUCCUCGAGAGAUGCAGCUCCAAUCUCUGAACUCACUCCUACUCAAGAUGGAGAAGAAAACUCUAGAAGCGCACGACAUGCGUCUUUUCUGGAACCUCGUCUUUCGGUUCCUCAAGAACGACUCGCAUCACGACAUCGGCGCAGGAUCCGUCAUCGAUGAUGCCUUCAUCAGGCUCGGACAAUGGAUGGAGGGUCACGAUCCGACACAUACACAGACGCGCAUGCUGGGCAUGAUGGGCAUGAAUGCUUUCAUCGACCAGAUGGUGCUCCCUCUAUACGUCAGUGCUAGCAUCGGCCCGCGGUUGCAGCAGAGCCUCGUCGACCUUGGGCUGCUGCCGUCUUUCCUUCAUUGCAUUUCGAUCAUGAUGAAUGAACCUCACUUCAUGGAACACUUUACGGACUUGCAUGCGUGGCAGAGGUUUGUGGAAGUGUGUAAUUUGGACUCGAGAUACGCAUAUGUACAGUAA